GCAGACAGAAUUGAAGGUUAACCUAGUGAAUAAUGGAAUGAUAGACUUGUUACGUUAAGUUGAUUCCUGUGUUUAUUGUUAUUGAGCACUUGUUUUAUAUCAUUUUGGAUUAAAAUACAGGCCUUCCCAUAUUUUUUGUACAUGAAUUCUUUCUGAAUGAAUAGUUAUAAACGUUAUUUAGAAACAGUAAUUAGAUGUUUAGAAUCUUAUCAAACUAGUUACUUACCAAUCUAUUAACAAUGUCUUUUCUCAGAGGCUCCACAAAUUACGUUUGGUGUACAACUAGUGUCCUGGGAAAAGGUGCAACUGGAGCAGUUUUUCAAGGAAUCAACAGAAAUAAUGGUGAGCCAGUCGCUGUCAAAACAUUCAACCAACUGAGUCAUAUGAGACCACACGAUGUCCAGGUUAGAGAGUUUGAAGUACUUAAAAAAGUAAAACAUGAAAAUAUUGUUAAAUUACUAGCAAUUGAAGAAGAGCAGGAGGGAAGAGGCAAAGUAAUUGUUAUGGAACUAUGUACAGGAGGAAGCCUAUUCAACAUUUUGGACGAUCCAGAAAAUACCUAUGGUCUUCAAGAAGAGGAAUUUUUGCUCGUCUUAGAACAUUUAAGUGCAGGCAUGAAGCAUUUACGAGAUAAUAAUUUGGUUCAUAGAGACCUUAAGCCAGGAAACAUAAUGAAGUUUAUUAGUAGCGAUGGACUAACAAUAUACAAACUCACAGAUUUUGGAGCAGCCAGGGAAUUGGAAGAAGAUCAACAGUUUAUGUCACUGUAUGGAACAGAAGAGUAUCUGCAUCCUGACAUGUAUGAGCGUGCUGUUUUGCGUAAGCCUGUUGGAAAAACGUUUGGUGCUACAGUUGAUUUGUGGUCCAUAGGUGUCACUCUGUAUCAUGUUGCUACAGGUAACUUACCAUUUCGCCCUUUUGGAGGUAGGCGCAAUAAAGAGACCAUGUAUUAUAUUACAACCAAAAAAGCAUCUGGUGUAAUUUCUGGCAUACAAACAUCUGAGAAUGGGCCAAUUGACUGGUGCAGAGAUUUGCCCAAAAACUGUCAACUCAGCGCUGGGCUGAAGAAACUUGUAACCCCAUUGUUAGCUGGAUUGUUGGAAGUUGAUUCACAGAGAAUUUGGACAUUUGACAAGUUCUUCACUGAGGUAACAAAUGCUUUAACAAGAAAACCUGUUCAUGUGUAUCAUAUCAAUAAGGCGCAGAGUAUAAGGAUAUAUGUGCAUCCAGAUGAUGUAUACAGUGACUUCCAGGCUUUGGUUCACGAGCAAACUGAAAUUACUGCUGAAAACCAGAUAAUACUCUUCAAAGAUACACAUUUAACUAGCCUUGUUGGAGAGGGCAAACCUAGUCGAACUUAUCCACUAACAGAAUUGGCUAGCCCGAUGUUGCUCUUUAGCAAAGAAAAUAACAAUGUUGUCAUCAUUGCAGAUUCAGAGUUACCAAAAUUCCCAUCUUUCCCUAAUAAUGUAUCGGUAGAGAAUGAUGCUACAUUAGCUAAAACAGCUUGCAGUGUUGGACACGUCUGUAAAAGGAGGAUAGAACGGUUGUCAAUGUGCAGUAAACUGACGCACGAUAGUGUCACAAUGUUUAACAUAGUGGUCGGAGAUGAACUUACCAGGGUUAUUUCAAAGUGCAAUCAUUUGAAGCGACUAGCCAAGGAAGCUGAACUAAUGGUUGAUGCUGUUAUGAGAGGACAGAAAACCGUUCAUAAUCUACUGGGUGUCAAAAGUACUGCAUCAUUCAUCAAUUGGAGGGAAAAGAUGGACGUUCUAACGAAAGAGCUGGUAAGCGGGUUGUCGCUGGCGAUUCAGCAGCUGUACACGCGGUACGUGGCGGAGCAGGCGCUGGUGCGCGAGUGGGAGUCGACGACGCGCGACUGCGCAUGCCCGCACAGGAGUCGUGCUCCGGCCAGGGCGCGCAUCCUCGUUGACCGGCUCAGGGACUCCUGGCAGCAUCUGCUCCGGGACCGCGCCACGCGCAACCUUACCUUCAACGACGAACAGUUCCAUGUACUCGAAAAGAUCAAGGUUGCUGAAACGGGCAAGAUGCUGAAGAUGUCGCUGGAGCAGGAAGUGGCGCCGUGUGUGACGCAGCUGUCCGACAUGCUUGCCGACUGGUACAAGAUGGCGCAGACGGUGUACCUGCAGGCACGUAUCCUCGACAAGGAUGUGGAGACGUUCGAGCGGAGGCUGGACGCAUUGGUGGCGCGAGUCGUCGACAACGACCUGAGCUUCCACGACGAGCUGGUCAACGUGAGUCGCGUCAAGGGCGCUGGUCGCAUUCGCGGCCAGGAACUCAAGUCCUUGUUCCGCACCAGUAUCAAGGACAUCCUCAGCGGCCAGGACGAGAUCUCCACCGUCAUCAGUGAAAACACCGACCUCAUCAGGCAGUUCAAAGGCUUGGCGGCUGAAGAGAAGAGCGAAUCGGAAAAAUGAUGUCAAUUCAGAAGAAAAUGCUCAUGCCUUCUUACUUCACUUUCGACUGUCUUUCCUAUAAAUUUCAUUCUGCGGCUGUGACUUGAUGACAAAUUCCCCAUUCAUUGAAUUUAGUAUUAGCAAUUGCAUUUAUUAACACAAAAUUUUCGUUUGGAUCUCAUUCAUGUAUCUUUUCACUAGGAAAAGAGACAUUCAUCACUUUGUCUCAUCCAUCACUAGGAUUUCCCGGCAUUCAUUAUCAGUUCGCUAAUUUAAUGAGUAUUAGCUGUUCAUUUCACCCUGAUGACUGGCAUUACUUUUCAAAUAAGGCCCACCAUCUCGUUUUAAACGGAGAUUGAUUGGUUGUUUAAACCAGGUAUGAAACACUUAAUGAAUGCGAUCAUAUCUUCCUACUAACUAAAUUAGCGUUAAACGUAGAUGAGUUUAAAGGUCAUAUGCACCAUCUUCGUUUAAUGCUUGUAUAUUCAUUAAUGUUUCUUUGAGGGCUGAACGAACAGUUGAUCUAUCACCGAGAUGGUGCAUACUGGUCGGUCCAAGUCUAGUUAAACAACCAUUGAUUUUUGCCCCCUUAUAAAUUCGAUUAUAUUGAACAUAACUUGACAAAAAUAUGAUGUGAUCAUGUUUGUCAAGUUCCAUUCAAUGUGGAACAAUUUAUAAGGACGACAAAAAAUCGUACAUCCAAAAAUGAUGUGUGUGUAACUUCUCAAGUUGCUUAACCCAGUAUUAAUGCAUGUUUGAAAAAACAGUGUCGAUUCAAUUUCAUUUGUGCUGCUCAUUUAUAAGAUUUUCAUGUUGUGUUUUAUUGCUGUGAAUGAUUGGAUUCAACUUUAAUAGGCUAGUGUUCAGAAUUCCAUAACGAAUAUUCUCUCAUCGAAUUCCUUGUCACAUUCCCAGAUAAGACGCCAAUUCACCCGUUGAGUUUUUGAGUAUCAUUGAGAAUAACAACCACGUUAUCGCUAUCAAAUUAUGCAGUAGACGUUAUCUAUCUUCAAGUAUUAAUUUGUUGACAGCGAGCACUACAUUUUUCAUAAUAGCACCUUAUCAUUGUACUUCUAGAACCAAAGAACUUUAUUACUAUUUUCAGUCCAUCUGUAUGGUUUUUCUAAGAUUACUAGUAUUCUGCGCCUAAAACCUAUUCACGUUCAAUUACUCAAUUAUGAUUAAGCUUAAUGAAUUCAACCAUGAUACAUUUUCAGACUUCGAGACAGCUAAGUUUUAUUUUAGACUUAUUAAAUUUGAGAAGUGUAGCAUUCUAUUAAUUAUCAUGUACAAUAAUUAUUAUACCACAGUUUCUGUUUCAAAACGUGCAUUAUGCCAUCAAGUGUAUUUAAUAGGUAAUAAGUCUUGUAAAUAUCAGUUUCUGUCAUAAAAAUAAAGCACCCAGUAUAAUAAAAAUGUUUGAAACUCAGACAUAUUCCAAUAGGCCUAUUGACUUUGUCAGGAUGAAAAAUGUACAACAUUGCUUUUAUAAAGAAGAGGAAUAUUAAUGUAAGAAGUGUUCUGGGUUUUGAAAAGUAGUCUAGUUAAGAUGCAAGCAAAAUGUUUCAAAUCCAGAGAAUUACUUAUGUCAUUGGAAUUAUUUCUUGCAUGUUUCCAUAUGAAUUUAUUUCUAAUAAUUGCCGCUGAUAAGAGGUAGAUUUCUUUAUUGGCCUUAGAUUGGGUUGAAUCCUGGGUUCAUUGUUAGUGUUAUAAUUAGUAUUGUGAUAAGACAGUUUACUGAUCAGACAAAAUUAUUAUUUAUAAAAAUACCAAUUUUCUAUUGAUAGUACAACGCUAUACCCUAUUUUUAUUAAUUGUAGACUAUAUUUUAUAUUCACUUGAUCAUUAUAUUUUUAUAGCUUACCACAAGCACAUAACUCUCUUGGAAGAGGUUACUAUUUUGUUGAGUUCAAAAUUAGUUUACAUUAGAGUCUGGAACCAUUUUUUUAGAUAAGCGUUCAUCGUUUCGCAUAAUUAUUAUCAAAAUAAAAACGAACUUUUUGAAUGUUUUAGAAUAUCAUUAUAAAAGAAUAAUUGUAUUUCCAUGUUUGUAUCCUUGAAGUGGUAAUUAGUUCUUAGUCUGUUCGGUUAUGAUUGAUGAGAGCUGAGAUUAUCAGUUUUCUAUUAUAUUUAUAUGCGACUGCUUAUUUUUUAUUCUAAAUUACUUUGUUAAUAUUUCUUCAGGUAAAUAAAAAUAUCCAAGAAAA